CAAAGGGAUGGUUGAGCAAUCUCCCAUCAAAGGCCUCACGAAUCUACUUCUUCCUCAUCAUACUUCAGAUCCCUCUUUUCAGGUUGGUUCAACUGAUAUAGAAAAAAUCUGCUUGGGUGUUUGAUUGGAGUUAUUUACCAUUAAUCCAAGAAGCCAAAUCCGAAGAUCGAUUCCUUCUGAGUCCCAUGUAGAUCUGGAAUGUGUACAACACCACUGCAGGUUACAUCUUCCCAGUUGAUUGCAAGCGAGAUCUUUCCUGUACCUUUAGUGAAGGGUCUUCUCUAUCCUGGAGCCAUUGUGAAUGGCCUCGUCAAGAACAUGACUAUUCCAAGAUGGGAUGACAUUCUAAACAUCUAUAAUUUGACAAGUGUGAAAGAAGCCCCUGCAGUAGCUGAUCUCCAGCGCUUGGAGGUUCUUGCAGGAAGCUAUUUCUCUGUGGCAGGAGCACUCGUGGGUGUCUUAAAACCAGGGAGGAUGAGUAUGUUUGGGACACUUCUGGUGAUUUGGGGCCUUGUCAAAGAAGGGAUCCUUGGGAAGCCUGCAAACACUGAUCCUACAAGAGCUGUUUAUGUCUACCCCACAAUGUUGGUAGCCCUUAUAUGUGCCUUCUCCUCUGUAAAGUAUGAUGUAAAGAAGGUUGUGAGGAGUGCUCCUGUUCGACCCAUUGCAAAACCGCUGCAGAGCUCUUCAAAGUCUAAGCUGAAAUGAGUUGGGAUGUACUACUUUUUGGAAACCAUUCUCUGCUUGUUGAGUUAAAACUGUUUAUUUUCCUCCCAAUCAUCGUUCUCCAGGUUCAUUGAUGGGGAAACUUCUGAUUAGCCAUUGCAAAGUUCUUAGUUCUUACUACCCUCUUUGAUUGCUUAGAGAACUUUGGGACAAAAGUUA